GCCGCGGGUGCUCCAGGGUCGGCGCGCGGCGCACCUGGACCCGAGACUGCGCCUCCGGAGCCCGGCGGCCGGGCUGCGCGCCGGGGCUCCCUCUCCCUCCCCGCCGGAGCCGCUCGGGACCGCGCGGCGCCCUGCGCCCUGCCGGGGCGGCUGCGGCAUCGGCUGCGACAAACUGGGCAGCGAAGGCAAGGUUAUUUCCCCUUUCCCAAGCAGAAAGGUUCCGAUUGGCAAGAUGGUGCCCAGCUGUCCCCGCGCGCUCUUCCUUCUGCUGCUGCUCCUCGCCUGCCCCGAGUCGCGGGCUUCCCAGGUCUUCUCUGCAAACACUGCCGUUGGUGUGGAGUUAGAUGAAGCGCCCGCCCCUCUGAAGAAGAGUUUGAUAACAGAAACGAACUGUCUCAACAAACAGCAGCUCCUGACAGCCAUCCGCCAGCUGCAGCAGCUCCUGAAGGGCCAGGAGACGCGCUUCGCUGAGGGCAUCCGCCACAUGAAGAGCCGGCUGGCCGCGCUGCAGAACUCUGUGAACAGAGUGGGCCCUGACGCCCCCCACGUUUCCUGCCCUGCUCUGAAUGCCCCUCUGGAUGGCAGGAAGUUUGGAAGCAAGUAUUUAGUGGAUCACGAAGUCCAUUUUACCUGCAACCCCGGGUUCCGGCUGGUUGGGCCCAGCAGCGUGGUGUGUCUUCCCAAUGGCACCUGGACGGGGGAGCAGCCCCGCUGUAAAGAUAUCAGCGAAUGCUCCAGCCAGCCUUGUCAGAAUGGUGGGACAUGUGUAGAAGGAGUCAACCAGUACAAAUGCAUUUGCCCUCCAGGAAGGACUGGGAGCCGCUGUCAGCAUCAGGCCCAGACUGUCGCCGCCGAGGGCAGUGUGGCCGGCGACCCCGCCUUCAGCCGCGCGCCGCGCUGUGCGCAGGUGGAGCGGGCGCAGCACUGCAGCUGCGAGGCCGGUUUCCACCUGAGCGGCGCCGCGGCCGGCGACAGCGUGUGCCAGGAUGUGAAUGAAUGCGAGCUCUAUGGGCAGGAGGGGCGCCCCCGGCUCUGCAUGCAUGCCUGCGUGAACACCCCGGGCUCCUACCGCUGUACCUGCCCCAGCGGAUACCGGACGCUGGCCGACGGGAAGAGCUGUGAGGAUAUCGAUGAGUGUGCGAGCCCACAGCACGUGUGCCCCCGGGGAACCCUGUGCAUCAACACGGGUGGAGGCUUCCAGUGCGUCAGCCCGGAGUGCCCCGAGGGCAGCGGCAACGUGAGCUACGUGAAGACAUCUCCCUUCCAGUGUGAGCGAAACCCCUGCCCCAUGGACAGCAGACCCUGCCGCCACUUGCCCAAGACCAUCUCCUUCCAUUACCUUUCUCUGCCCUCCAACCUGAAGACGCCCAUCACGCUCUUCCGCAUGGCCACCGCCUCAGCCCCCGGUCGACCUGGACCCAACAGCCUGCGGUUUGGGAUCGUGGGUGGGAACAGCCGGGGCCACUUUGUGAUGCAGCGCUCAGACCGGCAGACGGGGGAACUGAUCCUGGUCCAGACCCUGGAGGGGCCUCAGACACUAGAGGUGGACGUUGACAUGUCAGAAUACCUGGACCGCUCCUUCCAGGCCAACCACGUGUCCAAGGUUACCAUCUUUGUGUCCCCUUAUGACUUCUAAGAGUGCCGGGGGGCACAGGGGUGCGGAGAUGCGGGCUCGUUUCUCUUCCCCAAAGACACAGCUGUGGGCACUGACUGCAACAGACAUCUCCCCCCAACCUUGCCCCUGCCCACCAGCCUGUGCACCCGGGUUUCCAGGGCAGUGCCACAGGCUGUCCCAUGGAGCGGCACAGAAGGGCAGCCACAAAACCCAAACUGCUGCCAUCACAGUUUUUCCUGCUUUAAGGCCCUUCCCUUAGAUUAUGCACUAACUUUCUCAACUCUUUUUCACAGGGGAAUGGGCAUCCUUCCAAAAUGCUGUGUGAAUGGCACUGUGAGUUUGAACUGGCUGGGAGGGAAAAGCUCACAGUAUGUGUCUGAGAUGAUUGUCAGUCCUCCUGUAUUGAUACAGUGAAGCCUUGUUGUGAAGCCAUGCUGAGGGCCCAGUGAUGCCCCUGCACCUGUGGCCCAGGCGGUGGGUCUCCUGCCACCACCCAGCAUGGUGUUCUUGUCUGCAUUCUCCUCUGUGACAUGCCUGCCAGCCUUCUCAUCAGAGAGUCAUGGCAGGGCCUGGGACUCCCACACAGAUUCUUCUAGACCAAGGAACCAGUGUUAAAGCAUAGUUUCUGCCUGAAUUAAUUCCUUUUUGCGAAGUCACAUCUCAAAACAUAACCUCAUGUUAUAGCUGAAGAAACAAAGUCUGUUGCUUCCCCCUGCCCACCUGGCUUGUCCCUGAACGUGAGCUAGCCCAGUUCCUUCUAGGAGAGGAUACCUGGCUCUCUUCCUGUCUAGGCUGGACCCACUGGGAUAGAUGAAUAAGAAAAAAACACAAUGAUGCUGGGAUUGCUCCCACCAAUAGAAAUGUGGCUUGGCCAAACGGGAGCUUGGUAAGGUGUCAUCUGGCCACGGAGAGUUUAAGAAAGUGCUUGAAUUGCCUUGAUUCUAGGGCAUUCUACUUCUGAUGGAAGAGCCAAGGGGUGACGCCCUCCAGGUGACUGAAAAAAAGGAAACCCUCGCUGGGACUGAGAGCGGGAUGGAGUCGGGUGGGGGGGACCAUUCAAAUUAAAACUUAGAAGCCAGCUGAGCUCUGAGGAAGUUUUAGUAUCCAAAUACAUGUUAAUCUACUGAUGAGAUUUCAUCACACACAUUUUAUUUAAAAAUUCUUUGUAUUUGCCUUGGUAAGAGAGGGAAACAGAGGAAGAAUGUUGCCAGUUUAGUGACCAAACCGUACAUCAAGAUGGUUUCUAGGACACCUAUUCUUGUCUUAUUUUAUCAGACAAAGAGUGAGACAGUCGAGAGUUGCUUUCGAAAUUUUUCUUCUCUUGACAUCGGGCUCAGCUGUGAUGUCUCCAACAACGGAACAAUGGGCCCGCAAAUCUGCUUUUCUGGGUUGUUACAAGACUUUAUUAAAACUAUCAUUCAGAGCCUUGUGUUUCCAGAUCGUGCUGUUAACAGGUCAGAAGCAUGCCUGCAUGCCAGCCUGUGCAGAACACCAAGUGGGAGAGUCCAAGGGCCUGGCCCAUGUUCCUGAAAGUAAGAUGUCAUAGUGGUGUGCUCUUCCUUCCUGCUGGGGGCAGGGCUAGUUCAGAGGGACAAGCCUCUUACCUCCCAGCAGGUGAGGAGUGAUUUGGGGGUCUACAGAACAGGUGCCCCACCUAACCUGGUGUAUAAUGAUGACUUGGAUGCCAACCAGGCCCAGUCUAAAGCAAUGGAUUGCAUCACUGAGAUCUGCCAUCAUCAAACCUGACUCCUGUUUAUGAAAUCCCACACUGAGCCCCAAUCCCAACAGCACCAACAUAUGACUGUCUGCUUGGGAUUAUGGAUUGAGGAUUAUGUCUGGGCCCUUCCUCCCUGGGGAAUGUCUUGUUCUCUAUACCUUCUCAACUCACCUUCCUCUGUGGAAACCAACUCUUCCUUUGUCCUUACAUAGCUCCAAUCUCUGCUAGGUCAGAGUGCUAGUAGUAUUAAUUUGUACCCCUUUUAAAGUAACAUAGUUUUAUAUUAUUUGGCAGGGGCUUUUAAAAUUUUUAUGAUGCACAGUUGCAAACAUAUACAAAAAUAGAAUUGUAUGACAAACCCCUUGUUGGAUUCACCAGCUUCAACAAUUAACACAAUCUUUUUUUCAUCUCUACUCUCCACUCUACCCUAUGAUGAUUUUGAAGCAGAUCCUGGACAUCACAUCAUUUCAUCUGUAAAUAUUUCAGCAUGUAUCUCUAGACAAUAAGGACUUUAAAAAAAGCAUAACCUCAAUAGCAAUCACACCUUAAUAAUUAGCAAUAAUUCCAUAAUACCUUCAAAUAGUCAUUGUUCAAAUUUCUGAGCGGCUCAUGAUUUGUUUGUUUGACUUAGGUCCACUCUGUAAUCUGCUGAUAUGUCUCUUAAGUCUCCUUUAAUCUGUAGCAGUGGUUCUCACAUUUCAGCCUGUAUGGGAAUAACCUGGAGGCUUGUUAGAGUACUGUGUCCUUUGUCCUGUAGAAUUUCUCAGAGUCUGGGUUUUCCUAAGUGCAUCUCUGUGGUGUCUUUUAACAUGUUCCUCUGUCCUGUUUCUUAAGUAUCAGUAGUGCUAUCUAGAGAUUUAAUCAGAGACCAGUCAGGCUUCUUUUUGCAAGACUACUUUAUUGGUGGUGAUAGGUACUUCCAGUGGGAGCCACAUGGUCUCUAGUUGCCUCUUUUCUGAUGUUAGCAGUCAUUGAUGAUGAUUGCAUAGAUCCAAUACUUCUUUAGAGGUUGCAAAUAAUAUUCUUAGUGCUGUGGUUUCUUCUUAGUUUAUUAGCUGGCAUACUUUAUAAAGAGAAACUUCCUUUCAUCAGUUAUGUGGUUACCCUGAGGUUUGGUUUGUAUAGGAAAGGCAGGAUAAAUUCUUGACUUUCUCGCCUUUGUCAGUUCCCAAGGUGCUUGCUGGGCAUCUUUCCAAGCUGUUCAGGGAGAGCUGUUUGCUUCUUUGAGUACAGUAUGGACUCGGUUUAAACAGACUUGAUGUGUGUUUCAAUGCACUGCAGUCAUUAUUCUUACUGUUGCUCAGACUGUCCUGUCCUUGGCCCUUGGGAACUGCUUCAUGUUGGCUGAGUCCAUUGACAUGACCCUGGUGGUCUUUGAUAGUUUCGUAGUUAUCUUGUAUGACAAGAUGUUUCAAGUUCAUCUUGCAUAUUUUAUGCCCCAGCCCUUAAGUCAUCCAGUUUUCCCCCAGGACCCCUGCUUCCUUUUAGUGGGGAAUGAUUAGAGAUCAAAAUCUGGGUACUAAGAGUGCUUGUUGGUAGUGGUUUGGUCAUUGUUUCUUGUUUUUAGUGCACAGAGCUAGGAAAUAUGUGUUGUUUUUUUUUUAACGAAAAAACACUAUAUGAGUUUAUAUUGAUGCUUCCAGUUCAACUCAGGACUACCAGGUUUUUCAUGUAACCUCAUUGAUCUUAUAUCUGCUCUUCUUUCUCUCAUUCUGAAAACCUCCUUCUCAAAAAUCACCAAAAUAAUUACACAUUAUUUUAAAUCCUCAGAAUAACAAUGCCAAAAUUAUCACAAAAAAAUAAUUACUGAAAAGAGUUAAAACUUUUAUUUUGCAAUUCUUUUUGUCCUUAGGGUUUAUGCCUUUAGGGAUGUGCAGUCAAAUUACUGUUUUAAAAUAACUUGGAAUAGUUCCCCUCUCAGUGGUUGUGCCCCAAACUUGAAUCAGGGUUAUGGUUAUUCACUUUGUUUUGCUUAAAUUUUUAGAGAUUGCUUUUUAAUUUUAAUUUUGUUUUAAAAUUAUGUAAACUAUUUACGUGGUUCCAAAGUCAAAUCCACGAAAUAAGCUGUAUUCAGAGAAGUCUGUAUUCUAACCCAGUCUCGUCCACCCUAUUCUCUCCUUCUGCCAUAAUCAAUUUUUUUCCAUUUUACCCUUCCAUUUUAAAAAAUAUAAACAAACGAUAAAUGAUAACAUCCUAUUUCACACUUUUCCUGAUCUUGCUUUUUUUCCCCUUAACAAUAUAUUGGAUAUCAUUCCAUAGAACCAUAUAGAAUGGUUUUCUACAAAAUGCUCCAUUCUGAGUACAUACGAUACUCCUGAUGGACAUUUGGGUUGUUUCCAGUCCUUUGCUAUUAAAAAUAUUGCAGCAACA